CUUCUCCGCUCUGUUCAUCGAGCGCUGCAGAGGAGUGCCAAAGUUCAGAGCUCACAGCUGAGCUUGAACAAAAGGAGAAAGAAGACACUGAACUAUUUUUCUUCUAGUGUAGUUUCACUUCACGUCAUUUUUGAUACUUAAAGCAAGUCAAAUCGAACAUUUAAGACCUUUUAAGGAAGGAACUGCAAUUAUAUCUCUUCAGUCUUCACUGAGAACAUUAAUUAGCAUUGCUUGAAUCAGGAUGGCCGCUAAAAGAUCAAAAGUCCACAGAAGAAUUGUGUCUAAGGAUGGCCACAACAAUGUCAAGAUUGACAACGUGGAGAGCAUGGUCCAGAUGUACCUCCAUGACAUCUGGACUACAGUGGUGGACAUGAAGUGGCGCUACAAGCUGACUCUGUUUGCCUCCACCUUCGUCAUGACCUGGUUUAUCUUUGGGGUCUUCUAUUUCUUCAUUGGCAUGGGGAACGGAGACCUCGACGUUGUGCCGAACUCCAACCACACACCAUGUGUGAUGAAUGUGGAGACUCUCACUGGAGCCUUCCUGUUCUCCCUGGAGACGCAGACCACCAUUGGCUACGGCUUUCGUCACAUUUCCGAGGAGUGUCCUCUGGCUAUCUUCACUCUCGUGGCCCAGCUGGUCAUCACCGGCUUAGCUGAGAUCUUUGUCACGGGAGCCUUUCUGGCCAAACUUGCUCGACCCAAAAAGCGAGCGGAAACCAUCAAGUUCAGCUACAAUGCUGUGAUCUGCAGACGUCAAGACAAGCUGUGUCUGAUGGUUAGAGUGGCUAACAUGAGGAGGAGUCUGCUGAUCCAGUGCCAGCUCACGGGAAAGCUAUUCCAGUCCAACACCACGGAGGAAGGCGAGAAGACUCAGAUCCACCAGAGAUCUGUUGAUUUCUACAUGGACUCCAGUGGGGAGUGUCCCUUCCUAAUCCUGCCGCUCAGCUUCUACCACAUUCUGGAUGAAAACAGCCCACUGGCAGGACUGACGGCCGAAAACCUGCACACACGAGACUUUGAGCUCCUGGUUACCCUCAACGGCACCAUGGAGUCAACGGCGGCCACCUGUCAGAGCCGUACCUCCUACGUGCCCCAGGAAAUCCUGUGGGGCUACGAGUUCAGGCCGGUGCUGUUCAGCACCACCAGCAGCCGCUAUGUGGCAGAUUUCAACUUUUUUGAUAAAGUUCAAGUGAGCGACGAUCCUUCCUUCCUCGGCAACAAGAAGGAGAAGAUAAAACUGGAACAGAACUAUAAGAGGGAAUAUGAUCACCGUCUUGAUUUAUUGUAUUAGUGGGACAGAGGAACAAACCUGUAGAGCAAACAGAGUUGCUAAAGUUUUGUUUUAUUCAAAGUAGAAAAUACAUUUUCCUUUAAAAAUACUUUGUUAUAAUUCAGAUUUUCCAAGAAACUUACAGAAAAUCUCACCCUAUUUAUCCAUAUUUCAAAUUUUUUUAUAAUUAAUAAUAUUAAGAUAGAACUUAUUUUAACUGAGAUCCUAUUAAAAAUGCCUAGAGAAGUUUGUAUUGAUGAUUUAUUCAUCUUUACCAAUAAUUAUACUAAUAUUGACCAAAAGAUUGGAGGGUGGCAAGUGGAUGGGGGCUUUUUCUGCAGCUCCACCCAUCCUUUUUCUGAACCGUUGAAUCCCUUUCAGUAGGAUGCUAGAGCCUAUCCCAGCUUCUGAUGGGCAAAUACAGGGUAGAUCCUGCAAAUGUUCAAUCAAAUGAAUGGAUGUUCCUAAAAACUUGUACUAAUAAUCUGUUUUUCUGUAGAAAGAUCUAUGUUUAUCUUCCAUUAUAAGUGUAAGAAUCAGUGGGGAAGCUCCCAAUGUGUCUCCAGUCAGAGAAUCUCACUCUUAAGUGUACUUUUUAUAAUGUAUUUGUUUGUUUGUACUGUUUUUGUUUUUUGUUUUAACCCUUUGCAAAAAGUAGUCUAUAAAAGUGUACUACAAGUAUUCUUAGCCUAUGCUUAAAAGUGAGGCAGUGUACUUGAAGUUUACUGUUGAUAUACUAUUGCAAACACAAAAGAAGAAUUAAAGAAUUAUUUAGUUAGUAUACAUCCUACACUACACACACAUGGUCUAUACUGUACUUUUUAUAUUUCAGCCCUAGUAUACAAAAUAAAAAAACUUUAAGUGCACUACUUUUUGCUAAGGGCUUAAAAAUGGUCAUUUUCAGCUAUAGUUGCUUUGGAAAUUUAUUUAAUGUCUAAAAAAGGCUACUUUGCUUGAUCUAGUUGCUCAGGGGAAGUCAAAUAUGGUCAUGAUGGGGUAUCUUGAAAGGUUUUCUUCUGUCUGUGAAAUAAAGAGUAUUGUUACCGUCUCA